AUGGGCAAUUUUCUCCUAAAUUGUAAUGGACAAGAUGUUGACAGAGAUGCAAGGAGACUUUUUGGAGGUUAUAGAAUUACACCUACAUACUGUAAAGCAUCUAGAGCUGCCAGGUAUAACAGAGGGAAUACAAUAUGUAUGUUCAAUCACGAAUGUGCCCAAAGAGGUGGUGAGGUAGUAGGUGCUUGCAUGGAUGGUUUUCUGUUCGGGGCUUGUUGUCAACUCAAAUCUGAUAGCCAAUCACACAUUCCUAAAGGCCCUGGGGUUGUAAUUCCAGGUUACGUGGAUUAUUCCGAGUCAGAAACUGAGGUUGAUGAAUACGAUAAUUUUGAUCAACUUGAUACAUGGCAUAAUAGCUUUAAGCCUGUGGUAACACCUGGUUAUCGACCUAGUGAUAAAUAUUCAGUUUUUACUGCAACAAUGCCAACUGCGGAAUCUAAUUUUAGCACCGAAAGUGUUCAAGCUGAAAUAAUAUCGGAAGGACUAAGUCAGAUUACAAAUACACUAUUAAAUACCCCACCUAAAGAUAAUAAUUUAGCUUACAUUAAACCUGAAAAGCUAGACACACAAAGUACAAUAGACCACGCUGGCGCUGACACGAUACUUUUACAUAAAAAUGGCUCUGAAGUAGACGAUAUUGUUAGACCCUCUGAUUUUAAUAUACAAAUCUCCUCAAUGCAGACAAAACCUACAAUCUCUCCAUCAACAACUUUCCAGUCACCACCAUCUUUUACUGUGUCCACACAUAAACCUAUAAUUAAACCUAUUUUCAAACCAAAACCAGUAAUAAAAUCGACUACCGAAAACCCGUCAACAGAGAAUUAUGUAAUGGUUCCUACGGUAACAAAGGACACUCAGAAAAUUACGGAAUUAUCGUCAAUAGAUAGUAUUAUACUGAUGUUAAAUGAAAGCACACCUAGUAUGAAGGAAGACCUAAGUCAAUCCGCUACAAUUGAUAUGAUGGAAACAAAGUCUUCCCCAAUAACCGCAACGACUCCGGUAUAUCAUAGCAGUGUAUAUCCAAUAAAUCAUAUAACUACGGGACACUAUGUAACAUUGAAUCCAUCAUCGUAUCCCACUAAUGAACACAUAUCUAACAGUGCAUCUGCGACAAACAAACCCAGUCUGACUAGUAAAAAUCCUUCUUACGGCAUAAUAUACACGACUCCUAACGUUAUACAACAGGAUAAUAAGCCCGCAUCUAUAAAGCCUCAUUUAUCUUCUAAACCUAGUCAAUCCACUAGUCAAGCAAUAGAGGCUUUCAAUAGAUAUCCUACUGAUCCUGAUGAAUUUGGACAGACUGUUACAACAUUUACUUACGUAAGCUCGAGUACAACAAAGCCGACACCUACCACUAGAAAGCCGCCAUCAACCAGUUAUGUGUCUGUUGUAAAACCUUCCAGAAAACCUGUUACAUAUUCAACAAACACAGAUUCCACAUAUGAUGUUGCCCCAGAUUCUUUCUCAAGUGCAACACCUACGGUAAUUUUACUAAAUAAUUUACAAACGACGAAACCAGAUUCUUCUGAGGACAAGGAACCAGAAUUUGUUGAAAUAUCACAAGAGCCAUUUAAAAAACCUGUUAGUCAAAUCACAGUCAAUAAUCACAUUGAAUCCACAAAUAAUAUUUUUAUGGGAAAACCACCUCAAACAUUUGAGCGACCGGCAUCACCUACUAUAGUUAUCACUCCUAAGCCAUCACCUAAUACUACUCCAUAUCCGAUAAAAUCUUCUACAAGACCAAUUUCAAUUUCAACAACUGAUGUAUCUAAUUUCGAUACUUAUACAGAAUUUUAUUCUACUAGUACUCUCAAACCAGAACUUCAAACACCUGCUGAUGACUUAAACAACUUUCCUCCAGUAAGAAAUCCAAUGCUUAAUACCACAGGCUCUAAUACUAUCGUAUUUGACACAAAUGUGGCAGAUAAUGAAUUGGAUUCAUUACACGAAGUUGAAUUCACCACACCAACUUGGCAUGAAGAUGAUAAAUUAAACGAAAAAAUGAAUUUAUUCGUAAACAAGAUUGUUGGAAGUCUCCAAGGAACUUUCCAAGAAUUGCAUGAUAUUGUAAUACUUGAUAAAAAGCCUAAUACGACUAUAAUCAAAGAUACUAAAACAACGACAUUAAAGCCCACAAGGAAAACGCCAGCUACAACUCGAAGACCAACUAUUACAACUAAAAAACCUUCACGAAUUACUACCACAAGAAAAACGCCAAUAAAAACAACUAAAAAACCUACUAAGUUAACUACAACAGUCAGAAGACCCACUACUACAACUACUCUUCCAACUACCACCAAAAAAUCGGUCACAACUACUAAAAAACCUAAACCAACCAAAAAAGCAACAACAACGACUGUAACUCCCAGCACUACAACCGAACUAUAUGAUGAAAUAACAACAGAAAGCUACACGGAACAAAUAGUUAACUACAAUGACAAGAAUUUGUGUGGUGUCCGACCACUAGUAAAAUCUGGUCGCAUCGUAGGAGGAAAGAACGCUUCUUUCGGUGAAUGGCCGUGGCAGGUUCUAAUUCGAGAGUCUUCGUGGUUGGGUCUCUUUACAAAGAACAAGUGUGGCGGAGUGCUUAUUACCAAUCGUUUUGUCACCACAGCAGCGCAUUGUCAACCAGGCUUUAUGGGCUCAUUGGUAGCAGUGUUUGGUGAAAAUGAUAUAUCAACUAACUUAGAGCCGAGAAGACCGGUAUCAAAGAACGUUAGAAGGGUCAUACCUCAUCCAAAAUACGACGCUGCAACUUUCGAAAAUGACUUGGCCUUACUUGAAUUGGACUCUCCUAUAAAAUAUGAACCACACAUUGUACCAAUUUGUAUGCCGCCCGAUGGUGCCGAUUUUACAAAUCGUAUGGCAACUGUUACUGGGUGGGGAAGGCUAAAAUAUGGCGGAGGCGUUCCAGCUAUUCUUCAAGAAGUACAGGUGCCAGUUAUGGAAAAUAGCCACUGUCAAUACAUGUUCCAAACAGCAGGCCAUGCAAAGAAAAUUCUUGAUUCUUUCAUUUGUGCUGGGUAUUCGAAUGGGAAGAAAGAUUCCUGCGAGGGUGACAGUGGUGGUCCUCUAGUGGUGCGAAAUGACGACGGUCGGUGGGUGUUGGUAGGAACAGUGUCCCAUGGUAUUAAGUGUGCAGCUAGGUUUCUACCUGGCGUUUAUAUGAGAACAACGUACUAUAAGCCUUGGUUUAAAAGCAUCACGGGAGUAAAAUGA